AUGAAUUUUUUAAUGGUUUGGGAGUUGGUUUUUGUAAUUAUCUUUUUGGUGGUGGUGAUAGAUAUUUUGUUAAGUUUUUGUUGGUUUUUGUUGUAUUGGUUAUGUCUUUUAGUUUUUAUCAUUAUUUAA